AUGGCGGGCCUGCUGCGACUCGUCCUGCUCAGCACCGCCCUGGGCGGCCUCCUGCGGCCGGCGGGGAGCAUGUUCCUGCCCCGGGACCAGGCCCACCGUGUCCUGCAGAGAGCCCGCAGGGCCAACUCGUUCCUGGAGGAGAUGAAGCAAGGGAACCUGGAGCGAGAGUGCCGGGAGGAGGCCUGCUCGUUUGAGGAGGCCCGCGAGGUCUUUGAGGACAAGGAGAAGACGGAUGAAUUCUGGAGUAUAUACAAAGAUGGAGACCAGUGUGAAGACCACCCGUGCCUGAAUUACGGCCACUGUAAAGACGGCAUCGGGGACUACACCUGCACCUGUGCGGAAGGGUUUGAAGGCAAAAACUGCGAAUUCUACACGCGUGAGCUCUGCAGCGUGGACAACGGGGGCUGUGACCAGUUCUGCAGGGAGGAGCGCAGUGAGGUGCGGUGCUCCUGCGCCCGUGGCUACGUGCUGGGCGACGACAGCAAGUCCUGCGUGUCCACAGAGCCCUUCCCCUGCGGCAAGUUCACGCAGGGACGCAGCCGGCGGUGGGCCACUGACGCCACCAAGCUGGAGCAGUACGACCUUGGAGACCUGGGCCCCACAGAGAGCUCCUUGCACCUGCUGGGCCUCAACAGGACUGAGCCCAGCGCCGGGGAGGAUGGCAGUCAGCUGGUCCGGAUAGUGGGCGGCAGGGACUGCGCGGAGGGCGAGUGCCCCUGGCAGGCUCUGCUGGUCAACGAGGAGAACGAGGGAUUCUGCGGGGGCACCAUCCUGAGCGAGUUCUACAUCCUCACGGCUGCCCACUGCCUGCACCAGGCCAAGAGGUUCACGGUGAGGGUCGGCGACCGGAACACGGAGCAGGAGGAGGGCAACGAGAUGGUGCACGAGGUGGAGAUGAGCGUGAGGCACGGCCGCUUCGUCAAGGAGACCUACGACUUCGACAUCGCGGUGCUGCGGCUCAAGACGCCCAUCCAGUUCCGCCGGAACGUGGCACCUGCCUGCCUGCCCGAUAAGGACUGGGCGGAGGCCACGCUGAUGACCCAGAAGACGGGCAUCGUCAGCGGCUUCGGGCGCACGCACGAGAAGGGCCGCCUGUCGUCCACGCUCAAGAUGCUGGAGGUGCCCUACGUGGACCGCAACGCCUGCAAGCUGUCCAGCAGCUUCAGCAUCACGCCCAACAUGUUCUGUGCUGGCUACGACGCCCAGCCCGAGGACGCCUGCCAGGGUGACAGUGGCGGCCCCCAUGUCACCCGCUUCAGGGACACAUACUUCGUCACGGGCAUCGUCAGCUGGGGCGAAGGGUGCGCGCGCAAGGGCAAGUUCGGUGUCUACACCAAGGUCUCCAACUUUCUCAAGUGGAUCGACAAGAUCAUGAGGGCUGGAGCAAGGGCCGCGGGCAGCCGCAGCCCCAGUGAAGCCGCCGCCACCUGGACGGUCCCGCCUCCCCUUCCGCUCUGA